AUGUCGUCCACUUCAGUUUCUCAACAAUACUCGGGUGAAGAGCUCGAAGCUGCCCACGAUACAGAUCUCUCGUAUAUGACCUCUUUCAGCGGGUCUACGCUCACGCUGGAGGAGGAACUUGCCGAUGUGUCUGAUAACACAUUUACCGACGCCGAGAUCGGCAACAACAACGAAUAUCCCGAAGAAGAUCAGGGCCAGACUGCGGAACGCCAACCUGAGCAACAUCAACCGAGCAUCGUGUGUAGUAUUGAAACCUGUCACCGACAUCACAACAUGUCCUUCGUCCGGCUCAACGAAGCAGCUCUCGAAAAGUGGCGCCGUGACCUCGAAGCACUCGGGAGCUCAGAGGACCCUAUCAUGGUCACGGAAGCCGACGGUGCAACUCACCCUACCGCAAUAGAUCAGCUAUUCAAGCACGCUCUCGCGAUGUACAACUGGAUGACAGACUCGGUGGCGCCCUACAUGGUUGCGCUCGAAGCCGACAAGGAGGCACUGCAGCAUGAAAACAAGAACCUAACAGAACAUAUCAACCUACUGCAAGAUCAUGCUGAAGAGCUGUUGGAGGCUUAUUCGACGGAGUAUGAGACAAGGAGACUCAAAACAGCGAUGCUCGAAGAGGUCGUGGACAUGGUCGGCAACAUCGCCGAGCGGAUUCGCACUCUAUAA